AGUUGUCAACCGACAGCGCUGAGAGAAAGACGCGGUCACUCCGACCGUUGUGUUCUCAAAACUUUACGCGACUACCACUGCAGCGACUUGCUUCAACAUUGGAUUGUAUUUCGUACUGAAAGUGUCUAGUUACGUGCAGUGUUUUGUUAUAGUGAUGACUGUUGACUGGAAACUGCUUUCAUGUCUCCUGGACAAACGUUAAUGUCAGAGGAGAUGGAAGCUAAGGACCGGCUGGUUGAGGAGAUUGUGCUCCUAGUGCUGUAUCUGGUGUCGGCGGCUGCCAACUCGCUGGCGCUGCUGGUGUUCUGCCGAAGACCUGGGCUCAGAACAGUAUCCAAUCGGUUCGUCAUAAACUUGCUGGCGACGAAUUUGCUAACGACGUCGAUGUUGGCGCCUGCGCUGUUCGGCGAACAUUCCACGCUGAUCAGAUCGGAGCAGAUGGCUUGGCUCGAGGCGGGCGACGCCGCCGCCGCGGCCUGCAGCCUCGCCGCUCUCCUCUCCGUCACGCUGAUCGCGCUGGACCAACACCACGCAGUCACGGAUCCGCUGCGUUGCCACACUCGCCUCCUGCAACGCCGGCCCGUCGUCCUCUGCGCCUCCACUUGGCUCAUCGCCGCUUCGGCUGCAGCCAUUCGCGCCACCAUCGCCGUGGUUCGCCACUUCUACCCCGACGAGCCAGUCGUGCAGGGCGUCGAGCUAGUCUAUUCCAUCGUGUACUUAAUUCUUGGCAUCCUCGCUCCCGCUACCGUCGUCUGCGUUAUGUACGCGAGAAUCUACCGAGCGGCGCGCUCCUCCGGUCUCCGAGCGCGAGCCCACGGGGCCAGCGCGCUGCAGCUCCACGAACCUCAAACCAACUUACCAGAUCUCAUUGAAGAAGGCGAAGGCCUAACGCUUAAGAUUGAUAUACCCGAAAGCGGUCCCGCAGAGGAGACCGACCGGAAAUUCGGCCCGUUCCUGCUUCCUCCAGAUCAGCCACGUCGGUGCCCUUCUGUCGCAAGUUUGAGAAAUGCGCGAAAAGAUGGGAAAUCGAAUGAGGAUUUGAGGAAAGGCUUGCCGGCGGUGAGUUCUGCUCCUUCCCUAGCGGCGCCUCUGCUGGCCGUACAGCCGCGGACGCCAGUUCCUUCCGCAAACGGCUCGAGGAUUACAUCGAUCCGGUGCAGAAUUUCAAACGCAUCGCUGUUUCGGUACCGCGAGGAGUCCCGCGCGGCCCGUGUCGGGAUCCUCACCGGCGCGCUAGUGAUGCUACAUAUCCCCCACGCCGUCACCGCCGCGGUGUCGGCGGCGGCGCCGGGACUGGGCGAGUACGCCCGCACGCCGGCCCUGGCGCUGCUGCUGCUGGCGUCGGCGGCAUCCCCGUUCCUGUUUGCGCUGCGGUCGCGGCGCGUGCAGCGCGAGGCGCGUCGCUUGCUGUUGCCUGAGAAAAGCGCGUGGGAGCGCGCCUCAGGCGCGGCGUCGGCGGCCGUGGCCGACGGGCAGCGCGCGCGCGCUGCCCUGGAGCUGCUGAGGACGCUGUCGCCCGGGAACGCUAGAGAAGCGCCGCCGGCGGGAAACGGUGGAGAGGCGGGUGCGUGCCGAGGCUCCUUCAGCUCGGGCGGCAGCACCCAGCUGUCGUCCGCGUCCGACGAGUGACCGCCGCCCCCGCCGCCCCCGCCGCCCCGGCCCGCGCGGGCCGCCCGCGUGCACUUCGCGCGACCCACCGCUCUACUCAUCUGUGAUACUAAGCUAAGCCACGCGCUCGGCGCGACUGUCAGACUGAUAUAGUUUAAGUUAAUUUAUUAAUGUGUCAAUGUACCUUGCCGCUAAGCGGACAACUUUUAUUACCUGAUAUAAGUAAGUGUAUGGAAAUAUUAAAAUUCGUAUCGAAAUUUA